GCGUGCUUGCACUGGCAUUCUCUCGUCUACUCGUGCGUAAUGACGCAUCCGUCUCCCUGCGCCUCCCCUCCCUCCUGUCACAUCUGGAUCUGGCUUCUGUCAUCAGUACCACUCAUCGCAGUGAGAGAGCGCGAGAGUGAGUGAGGGAGGGAAACGACUGGAGAAGUGGAUACUAGCUUGGUCGGCGCAGCCUCAUCCACAACCGAGCAGAAUCAAGGAGAGAAAAGCGGAACGACAUUCCACCUUCUCACCCGCACGUACGGAUAUCUGCAUUUCCUCCUACCUCCAUCUGCCGGUCGAGCUGCUUCUUUUUUUCUCUCUCUCCUUCUCUUUCAUUCUCUUGCCUUGAAUAUUAUGAGCUCCAGCUUGCUCGAAAACCCGGUGCAGGCUAUUCUGUACCUCCGGGAGCUCACCACCAUCGUACAGAACCAGCAGAGUCUGAUCCAGACCCAGCGUGCUCGGAUAGAGGAGCUGGACAGACGAGUGGACGAGCUCAUUGGUGAGAACAGGCACCUGCGGGACGUCAGGGUACAACAGCAGCAUCCUUACCUUCACCACCAUCACCAUCUCCCAGACCCCAGCUGUCUUCACCAUCACCAUCAUCCACCGGAACCCCAGCUCAAGAGCAGUGGGGGGUCUCUGCCUGACCAUGGAGCCGCACCAGCACAGGUUGAGGCGGCUCUGGGAGUCCAGCUUCCGCCUGCCCAACCUAUGGACCCGGGGGACAUGCAGCUGGUGCCCGCAGACCCGUCAACAAUUUCCCCCGUUGAAAGUGAGACAGAAAACGGUGGAAGUUGCACCAGUUGCCGCUCUUUGGUUCCAAUGACCCCUUCAACCCUUUGUCGAUCCCUGACCCUGGCAAGGAAAUCCGAGAGUGAGACUGUGCUGCAUCAGUUUUGCUGCCCUGCCCCUGAACAUCCAGAAGCUGACAACACCGGCUCAUCCGGUGGACAGAUGCUGAGCCUGGAGGAUGGAACGUCCUCUGGCAGAGGACAGGAAACGGAGGGGACCAAGAGGGAGGGACCCAGCGAAUAUGAGAUCAGCCUGGAGAAUAAAAACAAACAGAUAGAGGAAUUGGAGCAAAAGUAUGGAGGUCAUCUCAUUGCAAGGAGGGCAGCGCGUCGCAUCCAGACAGCCUUCCGUCAGUACCAGCUCAGCAAAAACUUCCAGAAGAUCCGCAACUCGCUGUCAGAGAGUAAGCUGCCACGUCGGAUCUCUUUGCGCCACCCCAGCCCUUCAGGGCGAAAUCGGAAUGCAGCCCAGAGACACAGUUAUAAUCUGCAUCCGGGAGGAGGACAAAUACCUCUACGCUCUAAAACUCCCCCACCACCUCCAUGUCGCUCCACUUCUCUACCCCCGUCUCCUGCGUCGGCCCCAGCAAACGCCCCUUCUUCAACCCCAGCUCAACCACCACCUCAAACUCCUGGACCUACACUCACACAGCUGGAAGACUGCUUCUCUGAACAACUUCAUUCGUUGGCUCAAUCUAUUGAUGACGCCCUUCGUGGUUGGAGCUUGUCAGAGAGUGGAGAGGGAAAGGGACUACUGAUGGACCCUGGGGCCCUUCGUGCAGCUGCUGAGAGUGCUUGUCUGCCCCGCAGUGCUAGCUCUCUGCUCAUGGCCUUCAGGGAUGUAACUGUUCACAUUGACAGCAAUAGCUCCUACACCAUCUCCUCUGCCACCACUACAACAACCACCUCUCUGGGAAAUGCAGGUGGAGGAGAGGCAGGCAGCAGGAAGCCCUCGGUGAGUGGGAUGGCUGGGGGAGGAAACAGUCAGUCAAUGGAGGAGCCAGAGUUUCCUGCACCUCCACCCAGUGAGGAACUAGAAAUGUCUGAUCCAGGAUCCAGGAGGGGUUCAGCAGUGCCAGUUGCAGGAGGAGUUGGAAUGGAGGGAGAGAUCAGCUUAAACAAACUGGGAUCCACCUCCACCUCUACUUCCACUUCAAUUUCCACCACAGUACAGUCAAAUCAGCAGCCUGCCCAGAUAUAUACCCAGUACCAGCAGUACCACUACACUCAUCCCCAACAGAUACCUGGGGGGCCAAGCCCAGAGGCCCUGCAGGCCCUAGUGGUCUCCCUGCCAAGGGAUCGUUGCCAGGAUCCAGCCUCCUGCCGCUCGCCAACUCUGUCCACUGACACACAUCGAAAGCGGCUCUACCGUAUAGGACUCAACCUCUUCAACGUAAACCCAGAAAGAGGCAUCCACUUCCUGAUCACGCGUGGUUUUGUCCCGGACACAGCCAUAGGAGUGGCUCACUUCUUGCUGCAGAGGAAGGGCCUGAGCCGACAGAUGAUUGGAGAGUUCUUGGGGAACAGCAAGCUGCAGUUCAAUAGAGAUGUCCUGGACUGCGUAGUGGAUGAAAUGGAUUUCUCAGGCAUGGAACUUGAUGAAGCCCUGAGAAAGUUCCAGGCUCACGUUCGUGUUCAAGGAGAAGCACAGAAGGUGGAAAGACUCAUCGAAGCUUUUAGUCAGAGGUACUGCAUGUGUAAUCCUGAUGUGGUGCAGCAGUUUCACAACCCGGACACCAUCUUCAUCCUGGCCUUCGCUGUGGUCCUCCUCAACACUGAUAUGUACUCCCCCAACAUCAAACCCCAACGCAAAAUGGGCCUAGACGACUUCAUACGCAAUCUAAGAGGUGUGGAUGAUGGAGCAGACAUCCCCAGAGAGAUGGUUGCAGGCAUUUAUGAAAGGAUUCAGCAGAGAGAGCUGCGCUCAAAUGAAGACCAUGUCACCUACGUGAGCCGUGUGGAGCAGUCUAUCCUGGGUCUAAAAACAAUUCUUGCUGUGCCCCAUAGACGUCUGGUGUGCUGCUGCCGUCUAUUUGAGGUACCUGACGCGAACAAACCUCACAAACAGAAACUGUCCCAGAUCCAAAGAGAGGUCUUCCUCUUCAAUGACCUGCUGUUGAUCCUGAAACUGUGUCCCAAGAAGAAAAGCUCAGCCUCAUACACUUUCUGUAAAGCAAUGGGUCUCCUGGGAAUGCAGUUUCACCUCUUCAGCAAUGAGUAUUAUGCCCAUGGUGUUACCAUGAUGAGCCCAUUUACCUCAGAAAAGAAGCAGCUGGUGAGUUUCUGCUCUCCUAGCGGAGAGGAGCUCAGGAAGUUUGCAGAGGAGCUCAGAGAGGCUAUAGCAGAGGUUAAUGAGAUGGAGCAGAUACACAUCCAAUGGGAACUGGAGAGGCAACAAGGCAUCCAGCCACAUGGCUUACAUACAAACGGUGGUCAAAUGGACACACACACAGGACAUGGCUCUCCCUCAGGCCAACAGGAUGCGUAUGAUAAAACCGGCAACAACAACACAGUAGAGGUGUCAAUUCACAACAGGCUACAGACCUAUCAGCUGAGCCAGCCCAGCAUUGAGUCCAUGCCUCUGGCCCUGGCUGCGCCACCCGCCCUUCUCAGCCCCGUCCAGGCUGGAGAGCUCCGCCCAGAAACACUCAUCCAAUGCCAGCAGAUUGUCAAAGUGAUUGUUGUGGACCAGAGUGGACGAGGGAGAAUGGAGGCAUUCCUCAGCCAAGGCCCAGCUGCCCAUCAGCUCAUCCAAUCAGCCAUGUCAACACCAGUGCGCGUCAGAGAAGGGGAUGGACCACAACCACCAUUGCCACCUCCCCCUCCUCCUUACAAUCACCCCCACCAGUUCUGUCCACCUGACUCUCCCAUGCCCCUUCAUCACACCAUGCCUCUCACCCGCAGACGCAAUUCCAGCGGCUCUCGCAGCAUCGUUUGAGUCGUUGGCUACUGUACCAACCCCUGGGGCAACCUUGACCCUCACACUUGCACAUAGCAAAACACACACGCUGAAGCACAAGUCAGCUCACUCACUUUGAAUGACCUGAUGAAAGCAGUGCAGGAAAGUUAAUAAUAUACAAUAUGAGUCAAAUGAAAAGGAGACGAAGAAUCUAUUCAUAGUUUUGACUGAGCUGCGUUAUUUUUGAACAUGGAGCUGCUUUGGUGGCAUUUCUGAAAGACGUUUCCUAUUUCUUUUGUCUUCAACAUGUCACCUGGUAACUGAUGUUGCCUCUCUACAUUUCACAGAUUUAAAGAAUAUGGUGACUUUGUGUUUUUAAAUGUCACCUGUCCAACAAACGUGUCUGUGAACUUCAACCGUAAAACCAAGUGCUGGUGACAGAAAAGCAGUCCCGAAAGGACACAUUGCUUUAAAAGACAAGGACAAAAUCUAAAUUGUUUUAUUUUAGGACAUAUAGAACAUGAUAUUUGCACCUUUCAUUGGUGUUGGAUUUCAUUUUAGUUUUCCACAUUUAGCGAGGAAACAUUUCAGCACAGUUAAUCAAGCUUUCCAACAUUUUCUCCUCUCUGCAUAAUGUGAAGGAACAAAGGUACCAGCUUCUCUGUUUAUUUGUUUCAAGGGAACAGAUAAUCUUGAGUAAAGAAAAGGGUGAAGAAAAAAAAAGUCUCUACCACCUCUAUCAUGUCAUGUGCAGUUUAGUGUGCUACACGAAGGUGUUUCUUCACACUAAACUAAGUUAAAACAAUAUCCCGAUGACAAUCAUGUUUCUGUGCUUCAUUUUGUGUUUUGGUAUAUUUGUGUUAGCACAAACAGUGUGUCACUGCUUUGAUUCAGUAGAGCUUUGCUCUGACGGAGCUCAGGAAAGACGCUGCUUUACUGCAACAUGUAAUACUGCAUCUGCACAUCUGAGCUGUAACAAGAGUAGAAUGCUUGUGUACCAUGUAUUCACUCUGCUUACUCACGGACAACUGGGAAUCCAGUUGAUAAUUCAUUCAAAACAAAGCUAAUACUGGCACAUAGAGCCUUUCCUCUCCUGUAUAUUCACUCCUAAUAAGUUACAGAGUGUGAAUAUUGAUGUUAUAUUUGGAUUUAUGGUAUACCUCUGCUCAAAACAUUUAAAAAAUUUUUUUUAUGUAGUUUAAAAUUCAAGUUAUUCAACGCAGGGCGGAAUCCUUACAAAGACAUCACUGCAAUACUUGGUCUUUAAAAGUUUAAAUAUCAUAGAAGCGCUGAUGCAUUUCUGCACUGAAUGUUAAGGUGGGAAACUGAAGAUGUUCAUGAGAAAAUUGAUGGAUUUCAUCACUGUGUCGUGUGUUUGGUGUUGAUGGUUUCAGGCUUGAGUCGAUAUGAACAGCACAUCACAAAUUAGCCAGCUGAGAUAUACGGAGCAAGUCUCUUUGAACCACAGAAAAUAUUGGAUAUAUUGUAAAUAGAUAAUAUAGAUUUAUUAAAAAAAAAGUGAUUGAUUUGCCCAGUGUGUGUAUCUACGUAUGUAUUUGUACAGAGAAAAUCUAGUUUAAAAGAAAAAAAGGACAUUAUAGUUAUUAUAGCUAUUAUUCAUAUUUAAUAUCAAGGGGGGUGUCCUAAGUGCUACCCAUAUGAGAGACGAGAAAUAGGCAGCUUUUAUAGAGUUCCCUACAGUUGCUAUGGUAACAAACGCUUACAUUAUUACUGAUCUACAUUCAUCGUUAAAAUUGCCAUAUCAUGUUAUUACAGUAUUAUUAUGAGAUGACUGUGCCACCUGUUAAGGUGUGUAAAGGGCUAUGCUGUAUUGGCGAAUACUUACAGUAAAAUCACAAGUUAGGCACACACAUACACACUUUCACACACAAGUACACGGAACAGAGUCACACAUAUUAUACACGCACAACAUGCACACGGCUGCCAAAGCAACAACAAAUUUCGCUUAAAUUUACUGCUUGUUUUGUCAAGUCAGCAACCCUUUCUGUGUUAAUUAUAAACUCUGACUUGUACAAUUUCGCAUGAUUUUUUUAAUUUUAUUUAUUUGUUUAUUUUUUGUCCAUCUUGCUUUUUUUUUUAAAUUAGCAGCAAACGAAAAAGGAGUUUAAUUCUAUGUUUGUGUCAUUAUUUGUCAGGGCAUGUUUGGUUGAUUGAUGUCAUUUUCUCCUCCCUUACUAUUUCCUCCUUCUUUCAUGCCCUUUCCCCCACCCGUCUUCCCCAUGGUUGUCAUGGAGACACACCAAUCUGCAUCCUCUCCAUGGAGCACCAUCACUUAAUCUUUGCACCCUUACAAUAUUUCUAACAAGGAAAUUUCUUAAAAAUUAACAUGUUUACUAAUGGAAUUUCUAAUUUUUUCUGUUUGAAGAGAAUGAAAGAAUAAAGUAGUUUUUA